UUGAUAAAAAUGAAGAGCGCUUUUUUAUUAUCGAUUUUACUUAUUGGUAUCGUGAAUUCGAGUGAGGUCGACAAUGAGCUAAGAUCAGAAGAAUCGGUGAAACGUAGUUUGAACAACAAAUGCGUCGCGCGGGAAAUUUCCUCGUGUCUCGCCGCAGAGCUGGUCGGGUACGCGGAUAACAUACUGAAGACUGCCUCAUUCCAGCUCACAGAUGACAUGAUGAUCGUUGACGAAAGCAAUGGUGCUGCAGCUAAAAUGCCAGUAAAAUCUGAAUCAUUGGCGCGAGCUGGUAAAUCUGUAGAAGAUAAAGCACAAGAUAUCAUCAUUAACAAACUGUGGAACUUCGCGACCACUCGUUCCUUGAGAUAUAGACUGCUAGAUAACGCUGAUGUUGUUAUUUCUGGUAAACAAGAGAAAGACGGAAACUUUGGAGUUGGUGUUUCAAUGAAAGCACCAAAAGCAAUUGAAACUGGAAGAGCCAGAAACAAGAACAUGGGUCCGUUCUUGGCUGCAGCAGCUAUGAAGUUUGGUCUACUCGGUGCCCUGACAUUUAAAGGCUUAUACUUAAUGGUCGGGAAGGCGCUUCUAGUCUCCAAGAUAGCUCUGCUAUUGGCUACAAUUAUCGGACUCAAAAAAUUGUUCUCUCCUCAGGUGAUCGAUUAG